AUGGUUCAGUUUAACCCUUUGACUGUUAUGGGCGCAUAUAAGCAAAGGCUAUCAGAGUGGUCUAUGGGCGCAAAUAUGCGCCCAGCGAAAGCUUUGAUUGCUAUUCUCUCAUGUUUAUAUGCAGCAAUUUUUUCUAUCGUAGAUGUCCAACAUUCUCAGAAACCACAUACUUUGUUGUUCAGCAACGAGAUAAAACAAAAUCUUGAAACGCACCAAUAUGUUCCACUGAUAUCUGAUUCGGAAGAUACAGAAAAUAGCAUCAAUGAUGGGAUAGUUGGGUGUAGAAGGAAAAAUAAACGGCCAAGAGUACUUAGUACUUCUACAGAUGAGGAUUUAAAUUCAAAUUUCAAUUUAGAGAAUUUCGAUUCGAAUGAAAUACUUUCAACGUUGUCAUGGUCAAAGAACAACUUUAAACCGAUAAUACAUGCAUUUAAUGAUCAAAAUUCUGGAAUGAAAGGAAAUUUAACUCCGGACUCCACACCUUUAGAUGCUUUCCAACUUUUCUUUUCAGAAGAAUUAGUUUCUCAUAUUGUAGAGGAAACGAACAAUUAUUUUAAAUUUGUGAUCGAAAAUACUUCAUUCAAAACGCAUUCUCGUACUAAUUCUUGGAAAGAUACAUCAGUAUGUAAGAUGUAUGGAUUUUUGACCAUCACAAUGUUAAUGCCGCGGAUAAAGAAAUUAACCUUAAAUAAGUAUUGGUCGACUGAUACGGUUAUAAAAACCAGCAUUUUUCGAAAAAUUAUGGAUAUUGUGCCUAAUUUUACAACGAUUGAACAAUCGGCAAAUGUUGUCAUGACACUUUUACGUUCAUAUCUCGGGAAAGGUCAUACAGUAUUAACAGACAGUUGGUACACAAGUCCACAUUUAUAUGAUUUACUACACAAAUAUGAAACAAAUGCAUUCGGAACAGUAAGGAAAAACAGAAAAAAUAUGCCCCAUAUCGAGGAAAAUAUGAGGAAAGGAAAAUUUGAUUAUCGAUGUACAGAUAAUUUAUUGGCAUUGAGAUGGCGAGUUAAAAAAGAUGUGUGGAUGUUAACGAGUGCUCACGAACCUAAAAUGAUAGAAGCUGGUCGCAUAAAUCAUAUUACAGGAUAG